AUGUCUGAAGUUACACGACUUUCUUAUCACGUCUUGAAUUCAGGAGUUUUACGACAAAACUACGAUGCCAAUGACCUGGCUAGAUCUUAUCGAUGUGUUGAUGAACUUACAGGAUUUAAAGUUCUGCAGCUUGUUGUAAUGCCAGAAUGUCAUAGAAAUAAUAUACGUUGUUCAAGGACUAUUAAACAAAUUACGACAUGUAUUUGGAACGAUCAUACAACAAGAAGUGAUAAAGAAUAUUUUAUUGACCUCGCAAGUCAGAUUAAUGAAAUACUUGCAAAUCAGAGGCCAUAUCGAACCAUCCGUAAAAGACCUAGAAGAAUGCCUGACAUGGAACAUAAUUCUCUUUCCUUAACUAUAUUUUAUGGCAGUAAUUUUUGA